CAGAGCCGGUGAGUAUGGCUGAAUCCUUGGCCUGGCUGUAAUCUUGCCUGUAUCCCGGCCAUCCUCUGUCUGGCUGUCGCACUAAUGUGCUCACUAAAGAGCGCGCUUCGGACGCUGCCGCUUCAACACGUUCUUGGGCAUCUUUGACUUGUGCGUGUCGUUGGAAUGGGACGACAAAAUAAUGGCCGGCUCUUUCCAGCUUCCAGGCUGACUCCGAAACUGAGGCGCCUAUGGGCUCCGUGUCUGGGAUCCUGUGCUCCUUCCCAUGGCUAAUACUUAUCUUUGUUGCUCAUACGGGGCUGCUGGGACUGAUGAACCUGUGUUUGUGUGCGAGCCCUCAGUUUGGCCGACAAUUGCCAGGCACCAUGGUGCGCAUGAACGUCCUUGCCGAUGCUCUGAAAAGCAUCAAUAAUGCAGAGAAACGUGGCAAGCGCCAGGUCCUCAUCCGACCAUGUUCAAAAGUGAUAGUGAGAUUCCUGACCGUAAUGAUGAAGCAUGGUUAUAUUGGGGAGUUUGAGAUUAUUGAUGAUCACAGAGCUGGGAAAAUUGUAGUCAAUCUCACAGGAAGGCUUAACAAGUGUGGUGUCAUUAGCCCCAGAUUUGAUGUUCAACUGAAGGAUCUGGAGAAGUGGCAAAAUAACCUCUUGCCAUCACGUCAGUUUGGGUAUAUUGUGCUCACUACUUCAGCUGGCAUCAUGGACCAUGAAGAAGCCAGGCGAAAACACACAGGAGGCAAAAUCCUGGGAUUCUUUUUCUAAGCGACACAAGAAAAUAAACUGUUAUCAAAGAA